AUGCUUUCCCAUAAUGCUUUAAGGGCCUUUGAUUGUUCAAAGGUGAUUAUUUCACGAAGAUGUCUAACCUCUUCAACAUCGAUAUACCAACAAAGCAGCGUUCACUUACAAGAAACAGAUGAUGGACAUUCAGGAAAUAGAGAAAAGCACGUCUCACCGUUUGAAAGGGUACAAAAUUUGGCUGCUGAUUUGAAGAACGAGUUGAAAGCUCCAGAUUCAGAUAUCAAUGAAGUUUUUAAUGACUUUAAAGAUAAGAUUGAAUCGUUGAAACAGAAAUUAAGGAACCCUUCACCUAUGGAAAGAUCACACUUGUUAGCGAAUUUUUCUUCGGAUCUCCUACAGGAAUUAAGUUACAGAAGCAAAAAUAUGACGCUAGAUCCUUAUCAAGUAUUAAACACAUUGUGCCAAUACAAAUUGGCACGCUCACAACAUUUCACGAUUGUUUUAAAGUACCUUCUAUAUAAUCAAUCACCACAGGACGUUAUUGCCUUAUGGGUGAAGUACUUGGAAACCAUUUCCGAAAACCCAGUGAUCUUACUUCAAAAUAGUUCUUCUCGUGCACAUAUGCAAAAUAUUGCAAUUACCACCAUUGCUUACUUAUCUUUACCAGAGAAUACUGUGGAUAUCAAUAUUCUGUAUAAGAUUUUACAGAUCGAUCGUAAAAUGGGCCAGGUUUUACCUUUUAACAUGAUUAGAAGAAUGUUAAGUACAGAAUUUAGCUCUCUUGAAAGAAGAGACGUGAUUAUCAAAAAUCUAAACACUUUGUACUAUCAAUACACAGUACAGGAUAGUGAUCAUUUCUUAAGUCAAAUUGAAAAUGCUCCUAGAUGGAUAGAUUUAAGGGAUCUUUAUGGCCAAUACAAUAAACUUGAAGGUGAGAAAAAUGUAGAGAUCAUAAGCAAGUUCAUGGACAAGUUUAUUGAUUUGGAUAAACCCGACCAAGUUGUUACUAUUUAUAACCAGUAUAGCAAGGUUUUCCCAAAUAGUACGUCGCUGAAAGAUUGUCUUUUAAGAGCUGUGUCGCACUUACGAGCUAAAUCGAGUAAAGAGAAGUUGGACAGAAUUCUAGCAGUCUGGAACAGUGUUAUCAAACCAGGAGAUAAUAUUAAAAACACAUCUUAUGCGACGCUAGUUAACGCACUAACUGAUUCUGGAAAUUUCAACCAUUUAAAGGAAUUUUGGGAAGAAGAACUUCCUAAAAAGUUCAAGAAAGAUCCCAUCGUGAAGGAAGCAUUUCUCCUGGCCUUAUGUCAAACUUCGCCUCUAAAGUAUGACCAAGUCAAAGGGGAGUUAGCAGAGACUGUUAAAACCAAGAAGUUGUUCAAUAAAGUUUUAUUGCUAAUGUUAGAUGAUGAAAAAGUGAGCGAAGAACAAUUCAACACAUUUUACUAUAACCAUUAUCCAUCAGAUGGUGUGUUACCCCCUACUUUGGAUACUCUAAGCAUUAAAAUGUACGCUAAUUAUAAAUUUCAGGCAGAAGAUACACGCCCACAAUUCGAUCUAUUGCAAAGUGUUUCCAUUAAUCCCACCGAUUAUGAAAAGGUUGAAAAGAUUACGAAAGCCUUUAUUUCAGUGUGCCCCACUGUCGAGCCGAUUCGUCAACUUUACAAACAAUUGGGAACUCACUUAAAUGCUAGGAAUUAUGCAGACUUUAUUUCCGCAGAGUUUAAUAAGCCUGACGGCACAGUGGCCGAGGCAAAGAAUUUGUUUUCUGAUUUUCUCUCAUAUCAAAAGACUAGAAAGAGAAACGUGGAUAAUACGCCUCUAAAUGCUUUAUUAUUGGGGUUCUGUGAUAAACUUUACAAGAGUAAACAUAGCGAGUACGUUCCCUACAUCGAAAAGUACUACAAUCUAGCUAAGGAUUCAAGUAUCAGGGUGUCGAACUUGGCCGUUUCGAAAAUUCUAUUCAACUUGGCCACAUUUGCACGCAAUACUCAGCAGUUAUCUGACAAAGAGGUUGCUUUUAUUAACCAGUUUAUGCGAGAUUUAGGCACUAAUGAGGGUUUUCGUCCCAACCCUAAGGAUAUUCAAAUUUUAAAAGAAUGUGAUGGAAUUACUGUUCCAGAAAAGUUGACUUAA